UCCCGCCCCUCCGCCAGCAGCCGGGAGGGUGUUAGGGGGCGUUUCUCCAGGAGGAAAGCUGUGAGCUGCGACGCUGAGGAAGGGGACCCCAAAACGUCUGGCACUGCCCCCUCCAGGGAUCACUUUGGACCGCCUCACUCGGCCCAGCAGGGUUCAGAAACGCCGAGGGGUCAACCUGAUGGGUUUCGGGGUCAACGGAAGAGGGGAAGGGGAGCCCUGGCGGGGAGAACCCCCCGGCCCCCCGCCCAGCAGCUGAGGCAUAGGAGGGCGGCCAUCUUGGCCGGGUGGGUAGGGCCGGGGAGCUACGGGCGCCGUGCGAUUGGGGGGCUCGCCCGGAAGUGACGCCAACUACCCGGAAGCGGAGGGGGUUCCCUGGCCCACUCCCCCCUCGUUCGUUUGCUCCCCCGCUUCCUCCCCGCCCCCCUUCCUCUCCAUUCGUUUCCCCCCCUCCCCGUUCCCUGCCUUCUUUACCCCCCACCCGUCCCUCCCCCCCCCAACCUCCGGAGCUGGGAAGAGAGUCAAGAUGGCGGCGAAAUCCGAUGGCGGUGGCGUGGGGGUGGGCUUCGCCCAGCUGCACAACCUGGACGAGGCGGUGGGCAGCGGCGGCGAGGAGGACGGGGAGCCCGGGGGAGGCGGCUGCGGCGGCGGCGGCGGCGACGAGCCCGGCGAGAGCAGCUCGCUGCACAUCUGCCACUGCUGCAACACCUCCUCGUGCUACUGGGGCUGCCGCUCCGCCUGCCUGCGCUCCCUCCUGGGCAAGAAGCCGCGCCGCAACGCCGCCGCCGCCGACGGGGGGGACCAGCCGCUGCAGCCGCCCGGGGCCGCCGGCGCCGACCGCCACCCCCCGACGCCCUCGGCCGCGCGGCCGCAGCCGCCGCAGGUGGAGCGGCCGUGGCUCGACUGCCUGUGGAUCGUGCUGGCGCUGCUGGUCUUCUUCGGGGACGUGGGCACCGACCUGUGGCUGGCCCUCGACUACUACCGCAAGGGGGACUACGGCUACUUCGGGCUGACCCUCUUCUUCGUGCUGGUGCCGUCGCUGCUGGUGCAGAGCCUGAGCUUCCGCUGGUUCGUGCAGGACUACACGGGCGGCGGGCUGGGCGCCGUGGAGGGGCUCAGCAGCCGGGGUCCCCCCAUGAUGGGGGCCGGCUACGGCCACGGCGCGGCCCGCGGCGGCCCGGGCGCGGGGGGCUCGGCCACGCCGGGGGCGCAGCGCCUGUGCCGCCUCUCCGUGUGGAUCUGGCAGUCGGUCAUCCACCUGCUGCAGAUGGGGCAGGUGUGGAGGUAUAUCCGCACCAUGUACCUGGGGAUCCAGAGCCAACGGCAGAAGGAACACCAGCGACGCUUCUACUGGGCUAUGAUGUAUGAAUAUGCAGACGUCAACAUGUUGCGCCUCCUGGAGACCUUCCUGGAGAGCGCCCCCCAACUGGUGCUACAGCUCUGCAUAAUGAUCCAGGAGAACAGCGCCGAGACGCUGCCCUGUGUCUCCUCUGUGACUUCCCUGAUGUCCCUGGCUUGGGUGCUAGCCUCCUAUCACAAGCUGCUGCGGGACUCCAGGGACGACAAGAAGAGUAUGAGCUACAGAGGGGCCCUCAUCCACCUCUUCUGGCGCCUCUUCACCAUCUCAUCCAGAGUUAUCUCUUUUGCCCUCUUUGCUUCCAUCUUCCAGCUCUACUUCGGGAUCUUCGUGGUGGUUCACUGGUGCGCCAUGGCCUUCUGGAUCAUCCAUGGCGGAACAGACUUCUGCAUGUCCAAGUGGGAGGAGAUCCUCUUCAACAUGGUGGUAGGGAUUGUGUACAUUUUCUGCUGGUUUAACGUCAAGGAAGGGCGGACUCGAUAUCGAAUGUUUGCAUAUUACACGAUAGUCUUGACCGAGAAUGCUGCCUUGACGUUCCUUUGGUAUUUUUACAGAAACCCGGAGACCACUGACUUCUAUGCGGUGCCAGCACUGUGUUGUGUCUUUAUUAGCUUUGUGGCUGGGAUCGCACUGAUGCUCUUAUAUUAUGGUGUGCUGCAUCCCAUGGGGCCACGAGCUAAGAUCUUUGCCAGCUCCUGUUGUGCCGAGCUGCUCUGGGGCAUCCCUUUGCCCCCCGAUGUUGAGCCCAUGGCGCCUCAGACCCCUGGGUACCGGGGGACCCAGGUCACGCCUACCAGAGCCGUAACGGAACAACAGGAGGAUCUCACGGCUGACACUUGCUUGCCCGUUUUCCAAGUGAGACCCAUGGGGCCCUCCACCCCGUCGGGGCGUCCUUACCACCCAGAAGGGCCCCUCAUUAAGAUUGACAUGCCAAGGAAGAGAUACCCAGCUUGGGAUGCUCAUUUUGUAGACAGGAGGUUGAGAAGGACUAUUAACAUUCUGCAGUAUGUCACCCCCACCGCGGUAGGCAUUCGGUAUCGAGAUGGACCGCUCCUUUAUGAGUUGCUACAGUAUGAGUCUUCACUCUAAGAGCGUCUUGACCCAAGUUGAGAAGGGGACCUUAAGUUGGUUUGCGGUUAACACCGCUUGCAAGAAAUAUAACCCUCCCUUCUCCCAAUACACAAAAUCACAACCACCACCACCAUCACCACCUCCACCACCACCGCUACAAAAAAAAAGAAAAUAAUACGUCACAACCCCUUCAGAUAAGCUUUCUUUCCAGUCGCUGUAUGUAUACAAAGAUAUUCUCUAUGUUUUGUAAGUAAAAACAAAAAGAAGACCUUUCUUUUGUUUUUUACACAUAAGAAACAGUAUUGAAAAUCCCACACUAUUGUUCAUAGGGUGGAGAAGGAGGAGCUGUCUCCACUCCAAAAGAAAAAAAAAUGUUUUAUACCUUACACCAAGUGUAGAUCAUUUAUGGGAUUGGUGCUGAUUGAAAGAACAAAACAAACAAAACAAAACAAAAUAAAACAAACACAAACAAACAAACAAACAAACCUUCAAAUGCCUUAUGCCCUUAGGUGCUGAGUUUCAUUAAGUACUGUCACGUUUUUCUCACGCAAAACUCUCUGGUGGUUUUGGCACCAAGAGAGGGGAAAUUAAACUAUCAAACGAAACAAAUCUAGAAACGAAAACGAAAACCAACCAACAAAUAAAACACAAAGCAAUUAUUCUUCCUAUCUGACUAUUUGUAUUGAAGAAAACGAAUUCACCAAAAGCAAAGGCAUAGAAACCCCAAUUUCUGUUCCGUUUCUCUCCUUGCUCUCCCAUCCCUGUCCCCAGCUUAACAGCACCUUCUAGGAGCCAAAUGGCCAUUUGGAACUCAAAUGGCUGGGAAAGCUCCUUGAAGGUUGAUCUUGUGCCAUUUACCAUUCACCUAGUUCGGAUCACAUUUGUUUCCUGGUGAAAAGCAAAACAGAAUAAAACAAACAAACAAACAAACAAAAAAUCCACCCCAAACAUUCAAUGAGAACAAGAAAUUCUAAAGCAAAUUAAAGAUUUCCAUCUAUCUAAUCAAAGAAAAUCAGUAAUAAUAAAACUCAGCAUAGUAGCAAAAAGAACAACAUCAAUUUAAAGGCACAAUACUUAAUCAGUGACUGGCAAAAAAUGAUUUUGGUCUGUCCUUUUAAGGCCGUGAAAGGUAUACAUUUAUCACACGUGAUAUUGUGUAAGGCCUCUUCUGUUUCCAUUUGGUGGGAAGCCUUAAAUUGAUCUGGAAAGAAUUCUUCAUUUUUCAUUUGUGUUUUUUAAAAAUAUUAACACAGAGGAAAAUUAGAUUAUAUAUAUAUAUAUAUAUAUAAAAAAAACCACCAUGUCAAAUUGAAUAACUGACCCAUUUCAAAGACUGUUUGGUGCUUCUGUCUUUCACCAUUGUGGUUGGCUGAAACUCAUUCAGCUCACUUGGUGCAUCUGGGGUGAGUGGGAAAUUGUGUGUGUGUGUGUGUGUGUGUGUGUGUGUGUGUGUGUGUCCACAGCACACGUAUAUUUGUGUGUAUGUGUCUGCUGCAAGGUCUUGCCAGAAAUGUGG